AUGGUCAGCAAUCUUGAAGUGCGACAGGUAGAUGGUGCCGUCAGAAGCCUAGAUGUACUACCCGAAAUCGUUGAUGCCGUGAGAGAUAACUUGGUCGUUCCUUUUGACUGUGAAAUCCGAACCGGAUCUGAUAUUGUGACACCCUUAACCCUUGAUGUCAAGGCAGUACUUGUUGGACGGCCUUGGGUUUGUGGGCUCGGCAUUGGGGGCAAGAAAGGGGCACAAGGCGUUUUACUAGGCCUUCUUGCGGUAAGUCGCCCCAAGGCUACCAGUGAUAUUGAUUCUAACGUUUGCUGGGAUCUCAGCCUUACGUUGGGCUUAGAAGGCCUGCAAGGAGCUCAGGACUGCAAGAGAGCUAUUCUUCGGAAAGUGGCCUUCGGAAAGUGGCUUAGGGAGGCGAUAUUGGCUCAACAUAUUGAAACGCAGCUGCUCAAUUCUACGCAAUCUGACUUGAGGGGACCUGCACUGGCCCUCAGCCUCAAGAAACAUCACGGGAUUUCUUCUACUGUCUAUGAGCUUCAGCCCAAGUACGACGUGCGAGGAGUUAACAUCACUCUGGCACCUAACGCGCUGCGUGUUCUCCAGCAUGUUGGAGUCUACGACACGGUCCGCCCCCAGGGCUACAAAUACGAAAGCAUUCAUAUGAGUAACGCCAGAUCCCAGGCCCUUGGAACAUUACUGCAGGGAAGUCCAAAACACUAUAAUUUUUCCAGCCUCAGGAUACACCGAGCUAUUGUCCAAAAAGCGCUAUUGGACGAAUUAAAAGUACAAGGAAUUCCAGUUGUUUUUGGCAAGAAGCUGGUUCAACUACACGAAGAGGAAGAGUUUGUCGAGUUGGAGUUCGCUGAUGGAACUGCCGCAAGGGCAUCUUUUGUCAUAGGAGCUGAUGGCGUGCAUUCAAGGGUUCGGGAUGUCAUCAUGGACACUAAAACAAGCUAUAGUGGGUUCAUGGGCAUCAUUGGUAUGGGCGUCAAACGCGAAUCUCUUCACAAGUCAGCGGCCAAAGUGCCACUGCCAAACUUUGUAUUCGGCAGCAGAGGUUUCGUUGCCAUCAUGCCAUCCAGUUACGAGGGGGAUAUGGUUGACUUUUUCUCGACUAUGCCCUAUCCUGCCCGGUCGAGGGAAGAAUGGAAUGAGCUCGCCAAUGACAAGAUGAAAGUCCAAGAAAUCCUUCAACAGAGAUUUGGUAACGAGUGGCCCCAGUUUAUUUGCGACAUCACCAAGGAUUAUGACAAAGAAGGUCUGAGCCUGCUGCCCUUUUUCGAAGUGCCGCCUCUAGAGCGCUGGACGAGUGUCAAGCGACGGGUGAUUUUAAUCGGCGACUCCGCUCAUGCCUUUACACCUCAGGGCGGACAGGGUGCUGCGAUGGGUCUUGAAGAUGCUGAGACACUCUCGCAUACUUUGGCUCGCCCGGAUUUUAAAUCAGACUACAUGCGCCUGCUAGCCGCCUGGGAACGCCACCGGAGUGAACGGCUGCGCCUCGUCAAAGAUUUCACUGACCUGAACGGACGAUUGAGGACACCCGACACUGCCGUCAUUCAAUGGCUCAAAGAGUUACUUAUCUGGGGCCGCUUCAAGUGGACAGGUGAAUUGGGAAACUUGCAAUGGCUCCAUGGAUACAAUGCUGAAGACAUUGUCCGCUGUUUUUAG